GUUCAUAUAAAGCCGAAAGCUUCACGCAGCGCUCAUCUCCGUGGCAUCCUUGUUUUUUUUCUCAAAUGUGCGAUUUACGCCGUCGGCAGGAACAGAGGAUGCUAAGGCCUAAUUCAUGUUAACUGCACACGUUAAUAUGAGGAUUAAGAGAUAAAAUAACGACUUGUUGAAGUCCCAGUUAAGUUAAUUGAAAGUGGAGUGACAAUGUUUGCUGUUGAUUGAAGUCUACUCCAAGAACAAAAAUGAAGAGGAGGCUUCUUCAUGGUUUCCUGUCGGAAAUGUCCAUCCGGAUGGCGCUGUUUGUCGUGUUCCUUGUGACGGAGCAGCUUCCUCCUUUCUACCGUGAGAUCCAGCCAGAGGAGAUGUGGUUGUAUAAAUUCCAUCGUGUGGAGAGAGACCAUGUACCCACUUUUCUUAUGUUUAGUGUGGCGGUUUUCACCCCGCUGAUUGUAAUCCUGGUUUUCACCUUCCUGAUGAAGUCGGAGCGGGGAGAUCUAAAAGAAGCCUCGCUGGCUGUGACUUUGACUCUGGUGCUGAACGGAGUUUUCACCAACGUCAUCAAACUUGUUGUUGGCAGGCCACGACCAGACUUCUUCUUUCGCUGUUUCCCAGACGGUCAGAUGAAUCUGGAGUUGCGCUGCAGCGGUGACCCAGAUGUAGUCAUGGAGGGCAGGAAGAGCUUUCCCAGCGGGCACUCUUCCUUUGCCUUUGCAGGUUUGGGUUUCACAGCGCUGUACAUCGCAGGAAAGCUGCGCUGCUUCAGCGCAGCAGGCCAAGGCCGAGCGUGGCGGCUGUGUGCCUUUCUCACACCUUUACUCAUUGCCACGGUGAUCGCCCUCUCCAGAACCUGCGACUACAAACACCACUGGCAAGAUGUAUUGGUGGGUUCUCUGCUGGGCCUCUCCUUUGCCUGGUUGUGUUACAGACAACACUACCCUCCUCUUCAGGACGCUGAGUGCCACAGACCUCUGCGUCACAGAGAGACUGUUCCCGCCGCACAGGAGCGCAAACUGGCCAACUCCAACUACAUCCUGCCCCUGUAGAACAGCAGUCUGUUCUGUAUCUGUUACUGGUGUCAUUCAUGCUGGGUUACAUGGUAAUCCUUCUAAUUCCAAUUUUCACACCCAUAGGGCUGGGCAGUCAAUGUUUAUCGUCAAUCAUUGUUACUGUAUUGUGGGAUUAUUUUUUUUGUGGGGUGAAACAUAUUGUGUAUUUUCUAAACUAAAAAGACUAAUGCCACAUUUAUUCUGAAUGGUUUCAGAAACACUUGAAAGUUACUGUAAAUAACAACUCCAGUUUAACAACUACAUAAACAACUUGAAGUGUGGGUUUCCAAACCUAAACUGACAUCAUCACAUGUAAAAGGGCCUGAUGGAUACGAUGACUUUUAUUAUUUUCCAUAAGGCCCAGCCCUUCACACGCUGUGUAUUGUGCCUAAAGAUUAAGUAACUUUAAACUCGCACAGCAGCUGAGCAGGUCAAGUACACAAGCACUGCACUAUUAGUCCACUGCCCAUCACCCACCGGCUCAGCUGCUGCUGUGAGGCGGUUUCUCAUGUUGGAACACUUUUUGGGGAUUCAUUUGUAAACUUGCAACUUUUUGAACAAGCAGGGUUGAGGUUUGUGCAUGGAUGUUCAUUCUUGACUUUUGGGAAAAUAAUAUAUAUGGUAAAACGGUUAUGUGGUUAAUUGACAACACUUUUGAUAAUUGAUUCAUUUUUUUGGUUGUUAAACCCCCGGGUUUUUGCAGCUUCUUAAAUGUGAAGAUUUUUUGCAGACUUUUUAUCAUUGGGAAUUUAAUACAUAAGGUUUGGAGUGUUGGUAAGAUAAAACAACUCUAACAUUUGACAAAAUUUAUAUUGUCCCACGGUACAUCUGGCCCACCCCACUCUGAAAGCACCUUUUAUGCGUAAAGCAAGUUUAUCAAAACCACACAUAGUCAACUUUAUAUCUUCAAUCUAUCUCCACAUUGCUCCACUGUUUCUGAGUGCUUUAAAUCUUUCGGUCUUCCUAUAUUAUAUUUAGAAUGUUUCCAUUCACAAAUUGUUUGCUUAACAUCUGGAAAGCGUUCAUAUGCCAAGUCCUUAGUAUAACGCACUGAUGUAGCAGCUCCACUCAUCUCUUCUCACAGUUGUUGCAGUGCUUGCUACACUCUCUUUGUGACAAACACAAAUGAUAGUCACAUCUUUGCUCUAGCUGGACAGCACAUCUGUCGAUAUAGUUAAUAUGACUGUAAAAGAAGGUUUUCCUACACGAGGUCUCAGGCUGACUGCAGGUCUGGCUCUCGUAACUCUUGUGGCUCCUCUGCCAACACAUCUGAAGUGUGAAAGUUCACCAGAAGUGUACAGGGGUUAGUUGCUGGAGUGACAGUGACACCAGAUCUUCCUGAGUGAGGUCAGAUUCAGGUGAUGGUGCUAGCCUCCCAGUGCUCCGGCUGGUGAGGUUUACUAUCCUGUUAUUUUUUUGUUUUCUGGAAGUUUUCAUCAACUUUAACUUUGACUGUGAUUUAGUUAUGAUUUUUUUUUGUGGUCUUUCUGUUCUGUGAUUUUCUUUUCUGUUUUAUCUUUCCGUUGUGUUUGUAAGAUUGGUUUUCAACUGGAAAAAAACAUCACAAUGUUACAUACAUGUGACUGUUUUUUCAGGUUGAAAACAUGACAAACAACCAAACCUCUUUAUGUUUCUGUUUGUGUGUGCAAUGAGCCAAAGUUUUGCAGGGUCGAAGCACACACCUCGCUGUGAAUCAAGCAGCUGGAUUCAGGCCAAACUUGGCAAUGAAAAACAGAUGAAUUUGUGCCUUUGUUUACUACAUUCCUUUGUUACUCUUAGUUUUUAGAAUUAAUUAUAUACUGCAUGUGCUCCCUUUCAUGUACUCAACUUUGUUCUGAAUUUUUUUUUUUUUUUUUUUUGUGUUUAGGAGUCAGUUGGGAUAUACUACAUGAUGUUUAAAUGUGGCAUGCUGCCUUUCAUUACCUCAGAAAAAAAUCUUUCUUUCCUUAAAUGUUAUUGUUGAUGGAGUCAAAUGUGAAAAUUUCGGGGUGAGGGAAUAGCUAAGAGGAGGAAAUAACUUAACUUUUUACAAAACUUAGACACAAAUAAUAUCUUACGUUACUUGGUCAAUCUCACAGGUGUUAUGAUAUGAUGUAUAGGUCAAAGUGUAUUUAAUUUUGGGGCAUGUAGAAGUUUACUUGAAUUUUUAAUAUUUGUUUGUUUACCUUAAAUGCGAUCAUGUUAUUUUAUGAAAAUAGGAAUCAUAUUUGUGGGCAUGUGGCUUCCUGGGGGAUCUUUAGACAAAAAAAUGUAUUAUCCUUUGUUGCAAUUUGAUAAAAUCCUGCAUGUUUUACAGCUAAAUAACAUAUUUACUUCAUUACUUCCUUCCAAAUCCCAUCAAUCUCCAAUCCAUUUCCAUCAGUUUCUAUUAAUUUAUGUAAUUUUCAGUAUAAGAUUACUGUAUCAAGUUGUGGAUUAUGUUUGGUUUCUUUCAGAUCUUCUGUCAUUACAAGGGAUGAUACUAAAACUUGCCUGUUUGCUUUAUUUAUGUCAUGCUUAUCAUAAUUUGCCUUGGCUUGUAUAGCAGCCACUUUUGCUGAUAUUCUGAUUGUACAUGUUUUUGCUUUUAAGAACUCUUUUGGCGACACUAAAUGAUGUUUCUAAAUAAUCUUGCAAUACACACUGUCCUUUGCUUAUUUUC